AUGUCCAACCUCACUACAUCCAUCCAACUUACUAAACAAAGUAGAUAUAGAUUGAAUAAUGGGCAUCAAAUUCCUGUAACGGGGUUUGGAUGUUACGAAGUUCCACUCAACAAGUCCAAGGAGUUAGUUUACGAGGCUUUAAAGGCUGGAUAUCGUCACAUUGACUGUGCAGCCGGGUAUCGUAACGAAAAGGAAACAGCGCAAGGAGUGGCCGAAUUCUUGAAGGAAAACCCGGACGUAGACAGACAAGAUAUUUGGUACACCACUAAAAUUCAAAACUCAGACCAUGGCUACGAAGAAACCAAAAAGGCUGUACAAAAGAUUAGCGACAACGUAAAACAAUACAUCGGUUAUGUUGACUUGGUGCUUAUACAUUCGCCUAAAUCCAACAAGGAAAAGAGAUUGGCUACGUGGAAGGCAUUGCAGGAGUUUGUCACCAACCCAACUAAUCCAGUGUUGAACAUCAAGUCCCUUGGGGUUUCGAACUACGGAAUUGCCCAUUUGGAAGAAUUAUUGAACUGGGAUGGAUUAUUGAUCAAGCCAGUAGUGGAUCAAUUGGAAUUGCACCCAUGGUUACCGCAAUUAAAAUUGAGAGAAUAUUUAGUGGAGCAUGACAUAUUAGCUGAAGCUUACUCUCCAUUGACCCAGGGAUAUAAGCUCAACGAUAAAGAACUCUUAGACUUGGAGGCUAAAUAUAAGAUUCCUAAGGCAGAGAUUUUAUUGAAGUGGUCUUUCUUACAGGGGUUUAUCGUAUUGGUUAAGUCCGAGAAGGUGGAAAGAAUCAAGCAAAACUUGGGUGUUUUAGCAGACGGGAAGAAUGAUGAAUUGGACGAAACAACCCAUCUUGGUAAGGUCGAUUUGGAUUAUGAAAUUCUCGAGGCCUUAGAUAAACCUGAAUCACACGAAGUUUUAACUUGGGGUAAUCAAGACCCAACUCAAUACGUGGAUCCUAAAUAA